AUGGAAGUACCCCUCAUCGGCUUGACGCCAUGGAAGCUCUUCUUUGAUGGAUCCAAGACUGAGCAGGCUGCCGGGGCAGGAGUUGUGCUGCGAUCACCAGAAGGGACGGAGACUCAGGUGGCCUUUCGGCUUGAUUUCUCGUGUUCUAACAACCAGGCUGAGUACGAGGCCCUCGUACUGGGGAUGGGCCUACUUCUCGGCCUUAAGGCCGACGCUGUGGAAAUCAUUGGAGACUCACAAUUGGUAAUUAAGCAGCUGGCCGAGACUAUCACUUGUGAUAAUGGGAGCGUGUUCACUGCGAACGAGAUCGUGGCGUUUGCAGCCAAGUUGGGGAGAACGUUCACACAUUCUACCCCAUACUACGCACAAGGUAAUGGAAAGGCCGAGGCUAGUAACAAGAUUCUGAAGGGAUGCCUAGCUAAGGUUGUGGACGACAACCCACGAAGGUGGGCAGACAUGCUCUCUGAAGUUCUUUGGGCAUUUAGGACGUCACAACGGACCAGCACGGCUACUACGCCCUUUGCUUUGACAUAUGGCCAUGAUGCAGUGCUUGUAGUUGAGAUUAGUGUGAAGUCAGCACGGGUGGCGUACCAGCAGGGACUUACACCAACGGACUACAGCGAGGCAAUGUUAGCCGAGCUUGAUGACUUGGAUGAGGAAUGGUUGGCCGCGCUAGAUAAAAUGCAAGUUCAGAAGAAGAAGGUUGCGGCGAUCUACAAUAAAAGAAUCAGCCUGAAACACUUCCAGGAAGGGGACAUCGUUUUAAAGGCUGUGCUCCCAGUUGGUGCAAGGGAUCCCAGUAUGGGCAAGUGGUCCCCAAUGUGGGAAGGACCAUAUACAGUCUGCCAGGUACUACGAAGAGGAGCCUAUAGGCUGCAAGAUCUGAAGGGAAACAUCCAGGUGAGGCCUAUCAACAACAAGUUCCUUAAAACUUUUCAUCCCACGAUCUGGGAUCUGGGAUGA